UGCAUUUUAACUAAAAUGACCAACAGCCAACAGGCAGUCGUAGACAAACGUCUCCAGCUGUUGCUGGAAGACAACACCCUGAACGAAGACGACGAUCAGCUCAUGAGCUCGGAUCAGAACGACGAUGCCUACGCCCAGAUCAUGUCGGCCAUACUGGCUUCGACACGGCGAGUGUCGGAAAUCGAUCGCUGCAACGAGCUGAACCGGGUCAAUACCAACAAAACCCUGGACUGCAAGUUCGAUCGGCUGAUCUCGGAGGUCUCGGAUCUGAGGAAUGCCAUCGAAGAGAAAAUCGACACCAUCAACCGGAAGAUCAAGCAAACCAAUCGGCUGUUCCAGGUCAGCCAGGAGUACGAGAAACGGUCCGGAAAGACCUGUGAAUUGAUCCUGAUGGGGAUACCCUAUCGACGCGGAGAGAAUCUACGGGACUAUUAUGUGAAGAUCAGUAGAAAGUUGGGUUUCCACGAUUGUGAAAUCCCGUUGGUUUACAUCAGAAGAAUCCUCAAUGGCAGUGGUCCAUCCGGUGGAGCUGCCAAACUGAAGAUCCCUCACUACAGUCACUCGAUGUUGGACAAUCUGAAGGUUCGAACUACCGUUGUCAAAUCGAACUCCAAUCAACGAACUCCCAACGAAUCGAUCGUAGUGGUGCAGUUUGUGUUCCGGAAUGCCCGGUACGAGUUCUAUCGGCGUUAUCUGGGCCAUAAGGCACUGUGUUUGCGCGAUAUCGGUAUGGAUAGUGGUUCGCGGAUUUUUCUGAAUGAAAAUUUAACGCGGUCCAACUUGGGACUGAAGCAGGAAGCGAUGAAGAUGAAGCGCAAUGGGAAGCUGAAGAACGUCUUCACCGUCAACGGACAGAUCUACGUCAAACGUUCGAACGACCAUCGGACGGAACUGGUGACCAGUACGGUGGAUUUGCUGCUAAUGGACGAAAACAAGAUGAAGAGCAACAAAGAAAACUACCCGCGCGUUCUGGAGCACAUCAUCCACACGCAGCCGUACGUACUGAGCCGAGACUACAAGGAGAUCCUCAGCACCCUAGACGUCGUAUCCGCCGAUUCAGAGGUAUCGGUCCGAUCGAAUCUAUCGUCAUGGCUGCAGCGGUUAUGCGUGAGCUGUCUGGACCGGGAACAGAGCCUCAACAGCGACUUUGGGCGGUGCGUGCUGGAAAAGGUGCUCAACAUCACCGUGCGAUACCUAACGGAUGAACCGGGGGUCCGCUGCGGUGCGUUCGAAACGCUCAGCUACCUGAUCGAGAAGGGCUUCCUGGACAAGGCCACCACGGAGGAAGUGGUCUGCCCGGUGGUGGAGAUGCUGAGCCGCAAACCGUUGGAAACCUUCGACGAGGAACUCUACGCCAUCUUCAUCCACCUCAUGGUGAAGAUCGUGCCGAUCGUUGGCUAUGCCAAAACGUAUGAACUGGUGUACGAUCGGUUUCUGGAGAUGUGCCACUGCAAGGAGCACUUUGUCCGGCGGGAGUGUGCCACCGCGUUUCCUGUCAUGUGCGAGGUGCUCGGCAACGAGCUGUUCGAGAAGAUUAUGCUACCCGUCUUCAUGAGACUGUGCGACGACGAAAUCUGGACGGUGCGGCGGGCUUGCGCCGAGGUGAUGCCCAUCAUGGCCCUGCUCUGUACGCUGGAGAAACGGCGCAAGGUGCUGGUGCCGGCGAUGAAAAAGUUCAUGUUCGAUCCCAGUCAGUGGGUCAUCAUGGCGGCGCUGAAGAACCUCGGUCAAUUCCUCACCACAUUCACCCAGCUGCGGGUGCUGGGCCUGGCGUACAACAGCAAUCUGGAGCUAACGCUGACCAAUGCGGCCGAUCAGCUGGGAUUCCACCACCUGGACACCCGCCGGGUGACGUACGGUAACCAACCGUCGGUCGAUGUGCUGCUGAAGAACUUCGAGUGCUACGAAAAACGCUUCAAGGACUCGAUCCAACGGUACGCCCUGCUCUCGCUGGUGAAAUCCAACGAGGAACCGUGGAGGGCACGUGGCGACGACAUGAUCAACGUCGAGGUGUACCUGUACUCGAUCGUCUACGCGGACCGCCGCUCGCAACGGCUUUCGUCCACCGGUUCCAACUCGGACGACGGAGGUAUUUCGAAAAUUUCCGACUUCUCCUACAAAUACUACGUGAGAAAGUCCCUGUCGUCGACUUCGCUGUGCUCGCCUCCGCCGGUGCAGCUGCACCGAGGAACACGGAACUAUGACGAAAAGAAUCCGCUGAAUCGCUUCCUGAGGUACUGCUCACCGAUGAAGAACAACUUUGUCGACGCAUUUGCCAAACAAGGAAGCGGUGGGACGGGCCGGGGAAGUGAUUCGGACGACUACCACGGCGGAUGGGGUCCGGAUGAUGACGACUAUUCGGCGCUUACUUUGAAAAUGAAAAUGAAUGAUCUCGAAGCAUUGGAUGCCGUAGGAGGGGAUGCAGGAGGCGCUAGUAGCGGGGGUGUUGGCGAUAAUACUGCUGGAGACAGCAGUAGCGGCAAUGCACCGGUGUCUGACAGCGAUGAGAAGAAGAAACCUUCCGCCCAAGGUCAGUUCGAAGAAGCCUCUUCCGACGACGAUUCGGUGGAUCAGAGCUUCAAUUCGCACCAAUUUUGGUACAUUAGCCCGGAGCUGCCACUUGAUGUAGACUUUGUCGAUGAAGAAUCCUCCACCAGCAAGGGGACCGAUAUCGCCAAACGUUCUGAUAUAAGCAAUAACAAUGCAACUUCCCCGUCGGCUGCUACCCCGACUGCAACGACCGAACUGGUGGAAACCCAGGAGGACAGCAAGAAUAACAACUCCAAGCUGAGUGUCUCGGCAACGGAAAAGACCUCGACAGCUGCCAGCUCCACCACCGUAGUGGCUCAGGAAAAUGACCCCACCAAUGAUAGCGACUCGUCCUACGGAAGCAUCAACAACAACUCCGAACCGGAACGAAUGGAUUCGGAGAUGGACCGAUACUGUACGGAUUUAAGCCGAUCGAAGCAGCAGCAAUCGGCAGGAUCGUUCCAUCAACAGCUGGACAUGGUGACCUCUGGUGUGGCCGCACUCGCCAUCGGGAAGGAAAGCGAACGACUCAAGAACAUCAUCAAAUGGCAAAAUGAGGAAGUGGAGUGGAACCUGCUGGAAGACUUUGUACACAUGAAAAAUAUCAACAAGGAGCUGUGCUUCGAGUGUGCGUACAAUUUCCCGGCGAUCGUGUUGACCUUUGGUGAAAAAUUCUGGCCCAUUCUGAGCAGUCACUUCUUCGCGCUGUGCAACGACAUCCAGAACACGGUCCGUCGAACGAUGGCAGCAUCGAUUAGCAAAAUAUCGCUGAUCAUUGGCCGGGAGCAAGCGACCCGGGACCUGGUGGCACCGUACACCGAGUUCCUGAUGGAUUCGGACGAGAUCAAAAUCGAAGUGGUAAACACGCUGGCCGAGUUCCUCAAGGUGGUCGAUGGCUGCGAGCACGAAACGCUGAUGGACCGGUUGAGUCUGUGUCUGCAGCCGCCGUUGAAUAUGAUGAACUGGCGCUUCAGAGAGGCCGUCGCCAGGCAGAUCGUACAGCUGGUUCCGAUGCACGCCAAGAUUCGGAAAGAGAACUGCCUCCUGUACCUGACCGGGCUUGCAAUGCGCCUGAUGAUCGACAAGUACGACUUUGUGCGGAAGGCGGGCGUCGAUGCGUUUGUGGAAUGUUCCCGGGAGUUCCAGAAGAAUGACUCCGUGUUCAAAUUCUUUUCGGAAAACUUUGCUCACAGCUCGAACUGGAGGCGUCGGCAGACGUACAUCAUCGCGGCGGGGAAGAUUCUUGAGUUGGAGAGCGUCGAGGUGGAAACGUUCCGGAAGCACGUGCUCAAGAACAUCCUCAUGCUGGUCAACGAUUCGGUGCCGAACGUUAGAAUACAAGUAGCCAAGUGCCUCAAGGACAUCAUUCUGCCGCAUGCGAGUUUCUCGCCAACCUGCCCGGACGCGGACGCCAUCGAGCAGACGCUGACCAAGCUGCGGGCCGAUCCAGACCGGGACGUUCGUGGCCACACCGAUGGCUACCUCAACCCGGAGGAGGACUCCAUCGCCGCCGGUGCACCGGAGACCACCGCCAAUGCCUCCACCAUCGAUACGGCUUCAACUUCGUCGACUUCCUCAACAUCGUCGCUAUCACCUCCACCGUCGGUGGCGUCAGCCCACGCGGCAUCGUCCUCCCUGCUAGGCGAUUCGGAUCAACAGCUGCAACAGCAGCAGCAUCAACAACAUCAACAGCAUCAACAGCAGCAACAACAACAGCAUCAGCAAUCCGAAUUUCCCACCCUGAGCAACGAUACGUGGUACUUUGAUGGCAGCCAGCAGCAGGAGUACGAGUUUUGAGCUUGGCUACCACCAAGUGGCAUCGCUACUAGCUAUCCAUUGUUUAGGCACUUAUUAACGAAGGGACAAAUUUAUCAUCCACCUAAAUUCGUUUGCUAUUUUAUUCUAGUUGCAAUUGUAGUGUUUUCCUCUUUUAUUUUGUAACGAUCAAACGCUUGAUUGUUGUACCCGCAAUCAAGAAACGGCAACCUUGUCAGUGAGUAAUUUUCUUCGGCUCCAGGUGGGUAGCUUAGAAAUUGUAUAGGAAAACCUGUGUGUGUGUGUGUGAGUCCAAAUUAAGUGGAAACUAUUUUACAACAAUUAUUGUGCACCAAGUUUAAAAAAAAAAAUAUAACAUUUCUUUUUGUCCAUAAGCAAAAGUACAACCUUGAGAUUUAGCUAAAAAUAAGUUGUUGAAAAAGUGCAAGCAUCACUCGUUGCAGGAGAUUACGAGAGUCUGUGUUUCGUAUGGUACUACCACUCCCGUUAUUAUAGAGACUGCUAGGUUCAUUCUUUAUUUUUUCUCGUUUAAUAUUUACAAAAUGCACAUAAAAUACAUACAAAGUUAUAUAGAAGAAGAAGAAGAAAAGCACACACCCUCAGAAUAAUGAUUACAGACAGUAUAAAUAAUCGAUUUACAAAGUUUAGUUCUCAAUUAUAUUCAACGCAGCGUUAAGCAGUAUCCAAUAGAUAUUAAUCACGCGGAAUGCAGCAAUGAACUAUUCAAAGCGAUGCAAUUGAAAAGACUUCACUUAUAGGGCAAACAUGUUUAAACAAAUAUUGAAUGUAAUGGUACAGAACAAAAUCAACAACUUCAGCAACCCUGUUGAGUCAGUUGAGAACCGGUUGAGGAAGAACCCGGAUGCGUGCCGAACAAGUUCGAUGCCUAAAAAACAACCUGCAACUAAACAACAGCGAGACUAAAAAACAAACAAACAGACAAAUCUCACGCAACACGAGAAAUGAACCUAUCAUUGUUAAUCGAUUCUCUUCAUCGAUUUUCUUUUUCUCGAAUAACCCAACUGCAAAUGAAUUUACCAUUCAGUGUGUUGAAAUUCGUUUAGGUUGCCUUGGUAAACCGAUGAGAAAGUCGAUGAAGAGAAUCGAUCAACGAGGAUUGGCCCUUUUCAAAUGUUAUGCGAGAAAUGUUAUGUAGUUCAGUUCAAAAGCGGAGAAAAAAACAAAUGUACCCCUCCCCCGCCCAGUAAUGAAUGAUUAUUGGUAUUUUUUUUGUACAUUUUAUAGACAGCAGAGGCACCAUUUUAGAAAGAUGUCGUUCUGAAAAACGUUCAACCGUAGAACAAUAAAAGCGAAUUAGAAAAUA